CGUAGCUGGAUUUUAAACAAUAUAUUGCUUAAGAAAGAUGUCUAAGUUAAAGAGAGCAAGCUAGCUUUUUAUAUGGGUUGUUUAUAUUAGUUUAAAGAAGAACGUUAAAACUUGGCUGGGAUAUAUAUAUCUAAAAGAAGUUAGCUAGCUACAUAGAGGUUAGCUAGAUGCAAAGAGGUUAACUAUCUAGGAUUUUUAUGUAAUUCAAACAUGGAGAAAAGGACACGUGUUCCAUAAAUUUAAAAUGAUGGUAUUUCAAAAUGGCACCCAUUACGACUCUAUGUACACAAACACCGAAGAAACCGUGUUGGCAAUUAUACUAUGUGUAACAAUAUGCUUGUCUUUGUAUGGUAAUCUUGGAAUGCUUGUUGUGUUGUAUAAAAAUGAUAAAAUGUGGACCAGUACGAACAUGUUAAUUGGAAACCUAGCAUUAUCCGGACUGCUUGUGUCGCUGUUAUGUAUGCCAUUCAGUUUGUCAUCGGUGGUUAACAGCCGGUGGAAUUUCAAGGAGGGUUCGGUCUGUAAAUUUAACGCUUUUAUGACAUCGGAAUUAUUGCUAGCCACCAUACUUACUCACACUAUGAUUAGUGUUGACAAAUAUUUUGCCGUCGUGAAGCCGUUUAGUCGGGCCAUGACUGUUAAAAGAACUUGGAAGAUUAUCUUUUUAGUUUGGUUCAUAUCUGGUAUUAUGACAAUUGGACCACUUUUCAAUGUGGGUAAAUACGCAUAUAAUCACACGACAUUGAUAUGUGGAGUUGGUUUUCCAGAGAAGAAACGUGACUCGAUAUAUCUUUUAAUGUUAGCGACAAUCGGGUUCCUUGUUCCAAAUCUGGUCAUGGGUCACGUGUAUUUAAAGGUGUUCCUCGCGGUCCGCCAGCAUACAAAGCGACUACAAAGUACGACUACGUCAUCUUUGGAUGUUCUUCAACUUCAGAAGAAAUUGAUUUUAACUGUAUUUUUCAGCUUGUUGUGCUUUUUAGUAUGUUGGACGCCAUUUUGUGUGUUUGUUCUCAUGGCUAUUUUUCUAGACAGUGCAAAGGAUUUACCGUACGGCUUAGGGAUUUCUGCGUACUGGUGUGGAUACGUAUACAAUGCUAUAAACCCGUUAAUUAUCUGCAGUAUGAGUGCCAGAUUCGGAAACGGACUAUACGAAAUGACACUAUACCUUUCUCGGUUACCGUAUAAUUCAUUCAAUGCAUGCGAAAUGAUUUGCUGCUGGAACAGAAAGACCUUCAAUUACUCACCCAGUUCGGCAAGCUCUGGCGAUAUCGAAUGCAACGAAACACCACCACUUCAAACUCUUUAUCCGCACAAUUCAAAACUAUCCGAAACUGGUAAAGUUCUCACAAACGCAUCUGGCGACAAGUUAGUCAAUGGGACUGCAUCUAUUAAGAGUACUACUUCCAAUAACAGCGCUAACUCGAUUGUUAUCGCUACAAAUGAUACUGAAGCAACAAGUAGGACAGAGUUUUAAAAUUGAAAAUAAUAAUAUUAAGAAUUGAAAUAUAUACAAAAAAUUUGCA